AUGGAGGAGAUAGAAGAGAUAGCAAUUGUCGGUAUCGGCUGCCGAUUUCCUGGAGCCAACAACAUCCAAGAGUUUUGGAAUGUUUUGGUAAACGGAGAAAACCAUGUGAAAGAGAUACCAAGAGACAGAUGGAAUCUUGACGCGAUCUAUGAUCCCGAUCCAGACGCGUACGGGAAAACUUAUGUCCGCAGAGCGGGACUUUUGUCCAACCAUAAUGUCUGGGAUAACGAUUUCUUUGGUAUUGCCGAAAAAGAGGCAUCAGAGAUGGACCCACAACAACGAUACGUUCUUGAAUGUGUGCACAUGGCACUGGAGGACGGCGGGAUCACAAGAGCAGAGCUUGAUGGUUCCUCAACGAGUGUUUAUAUUGGCGCCAUGAACAAUGACUCUAAAACAUCUAAAGACGGUGAUUAUUCACUAUUGACAAAUUACUCCGUGACUGGAGAUGCUGCCAGCAUCAUCACAGCUCGCGUAUCGUACUACUAUAACCUGCUGGGCCCUUCUCUUACCAUAGACACUGCAUGUUCCUCGUCUCUCGUGGCUGUCAACCUCGCAACCCAGUCUCUGAGAAUCGGGGAAUCCUCUAUGGCAAUUUGUGGCGGUGUAAACAGUAUUUUGUAUCCAGACAUGUUCGUCACUCUGACAAAAGCUCGGAUGGCGUCACCAACUGGCCAGUGUCAGGCUUUCUCCGCUAAUGCCGAUGGCUAUGCCCGAGGAGAGGGAUGUGGUAUUAUCAUUCUGGAGAGGCUUAGUGAUGCACUACGAAAUGGCAGGAACAUAUGGGCUACCAUUCGUACGGGCUGCAACCAAGAUGGCCAUACAGCAAAACCGAUCACUGCUCCGUCCGAGAUCCAACAGAAGCAGCUCCUUCACAAUAUAUAUCUUAAUUCCUUCCACAUCAACCCAAGCCAUGUCCAAUAUAUAGAGGCCCAUGGUACCGGGACCCCCGUCGGUGACCCCAUUGAGGUCAAUAGUCUUGGAAGCUUCUUUAAAGAUUAUCCAAUACUGCGUGAUGAAGUGAUGAAACAGCGAUUUAUUGGAUCCGUCAAAACCAAUAUUGGUCAUCUUGAAUCUGGAGCUGGGGCUGCCAGUCUCAUCAAAACCCUUUUGAUGAUGAAGCAUGGUAGAAUUGUACCAUCACUUCAUUCACUUCCCCGAAACCCCCGAAUAGACUUUACACAUUAUGGACUCGAUGUACCAACUUCAGUUCGCUCUUGGCCAGCACUUCACGAUGGUACCAGGGCUGCCUGCAUUAACUGUUUUGGAUUUGGCGGUACGAACAGUCAUGCUUUUGUUAGGCAAUGGGUUGAGGAUCCGUCUAAUACCAGUACAAGAAUAAUACAUGAUAAAGAUGAGAUAGCCUACGUUCCUGUUUCGGCUAAAUCUCAAGUAUCUCUGAUUAACACUCUAAAGCACAUGGCAACAAAACUUAGAGAAGAGCCUUGCGAUUUGAAUCAAUUGGCAUACACUGCUUCCUGCAAACGUGACCAUCAUCGAUACCGAACAUUAUUCAUCGAGUCAAGUGUUAAAGAUCUUAUCAACAGUUGUAACAAUGGAAUAGAUAUGCUAAUAAAUAGCACACUGAAACCAUGCAAACAACACAGGUUAGUGUAUGUCUUCUGUGGUGUUGGAACAGCCUGGACCAAUAUGGGAAUGGAGCUCGUUAGAGACUUUCCAGUGUUCGCCGAAACCUUGAAAAGCAUUGAUACAUAUCUUGCCCCACUGACUGGUUGGUCGAUUACUGACAAAUUACGUGACGGUGCUGAAAUGAAAGACCCUUUUACAAGUCAUAUUGGUAUAUUUGCAUGUCAGAUUGGAAUAUCUGAUCUGUUGAAGCAUUGGGGAAUAUGCCCUGAUGCGAUUGUCGGUCAAUCUGUAGGCGAGGUAGCCGCAGCUUACAGUAGCAGAGUACUGUCAUUGGGAGAUGCUGUCAAGGUUAUUUACUAUAGAUCUAAAAUACUUUCAGAAGCAUCAGGGGGUAAAAUGGCGGUUAUAACUAAUGUUGAUACUGAGAAAGUUGCAAGAAUAUGCAAUGAAGUUGGUGAUGUAGUCAUUGCAGUAUACCUAAGUCCGGUUGCAUGUACAAUAUCUGGUGGAGAGAAGCAAGUCACAAAAGUGAAAUCCCUCCUAUUAGAAUACUCCAAAUCAACAAAUGAUAUACCUUUCUUUCACGAUUUGAAUGUAAAGUGUGGUUACCAUAGUCCAAUGGUAGAAACUGCAGCUAAACGCAUAAGGGAAUGUUUAGAAGGCAUUGAACCAAAGAGACCUCACACAUCAAUAUUCUCUACUGUGACGGGGAAAAUAGCAGAUGAGUUUGCUACACCAGAAUACUGGCAGCGAAAUGUCUCAGCGCCAGUGUUGUUUUAUCAAGCUCUUCAAGAAUCUACAAAUAACUUGUCAACUCUAUUCCUGGAAAUUGGUCCUAAGCCCGUACUGAAGGCACAUUUGAGGACCAUAUUUGAAGAAGAAGAUAUCACUGCCGUUUCCUCAAUGAAGACAAACAUUGGCUCAACACAGAUACAUACCAUGCUCAGGGAGUUAUAUACGCUAGGUAUGAAUCCAAAAUGGGAAAAUCUUGUUAUGAAAAACAAUCUGACAAAUUUACCACAAUACCAGUUUGAUGGAAAGCAUUUGUUAGUAGAAUCAGAUUAUCGGUUCCUUAGAAAGCAAGGAUUCAUAGACGACUCUUCAGGCAGAUACCUUAUGUUGACGAAAAAGGAGUCGAAAGGGGAAUUCAAGGUCAACGUAAGUCCAAACACAACUCCUUUCGUAUACGACCACGUCAUAGACGAUGCCGUAAUCAUUCCAGGUGCUGUUUACACCGAGGUUGCCCUUGAAAUUGGAAUGAGCGUGAUGGGUAUCCCAGCAGAAUGUAUGCAGGUUGAGUAUGAUAUCAUUAAAGCAGUUCCCUUGACCAAAGGUAAGCCGUCUUAUCUUGACGUGACAUCCAACGAAAACGAAACAAACGAUAUCGCGUUCUCAAUUUUCAAAGAUGAGGUCACUGUUGCUAAAGGAUUUGUGAGAAACCGACACAAUACACACACACCUAUCAUUCCAGUUGAAAAUGUGUGCGUAAGAUCAGGUACACGUAUGGAAUGCCAGGAAAUAUACAAGGAAUUAGCAAAGCAUGGAUACAAAUACGGUCAAUCGGUCCAGAUUCUAGAGUCAAUUACAUUUAACAAAGACGAAUGCAGUGGUUAUAUACACCUCACUGACGAAGUAGAAAGCCAGAUCAACCAAACCUCUUUCCAUCCUGCAAUCCUGGACGCUAUGUUGCACUCAAGCGCGUUGAUUUUCCUUUCCGAUAAAAAAGGAUCUUCGUACAAGAUCUACCCUAUUCGUCUUGGAAACGUUUCUGUAUUUAGAUCAUUCGAGAAACGAAUGGUGUGUUACACGCGAAUCAUACAAGAGGUAUAUGACAGGAUCAUCACAAACAUCAUUCUGACUCGACCAGAUGGUCUGGUACUUGCUGAGAUAAAGGAAAUCGAACACCAGGUCAUGGACGGUAGCAUGGGAGUUAACACCAUGGCUUAUCAGAUCUGCUGGACUACUGAAGAUAUUUCUUCUGUGAUCAACAAUUCAUUUGACGAGGCAAAACCGAAAGUGGCAAUUUUUUAUGAAGACAGCGGAGUUCAUAACAUUCUCAGAACCUUUUAUCCCCGUGGAGAGUCAUUCCGACUGUCGGAUUUGGAGAAUAACUCCGCGUCCAUGAUAUCCCCAUCAGACAUUGAAGAUUUAGACUUGUUCAUAUUUAUUCCUGGUUCUAAUGUUGUCCACCAAAGCAGAAGUAGUGAUGACGUGUUUUAUAAUGUUUACAAAAACUGUGAGGCUUUCCUUAACAUCAUGAAGAAGCUGAAAGAUAUAAACAAAACUGUAAUUAUUAUUACAGAAAACACUCAAGAAGGUGGUAGUACAAGUGACAUCAAAAAGAAUAUAUUUGGUGCAGAAUUAUGGGGAUUUACCAGAUCCUUACGACAUGAGGGAAUACGAUGCCGAAUGAUUUUGAUUGAUGUUCAGCCGACAAUCGCUUCAGAAAAAGUGACACUCCACAAUACCAUUACAUUCCUCAUGUCCGCAAACGCCACUUCGACAAUGGAAUGCCUUAUUGUUGAUGGUCAGAUUCAUAGUAACUUUCUACAGCGGAGGCAGCAAAGUGGAUUACAAACCCAGCACAGAAUUUUGUCAACUGACACACACCUGGACCUCUGUUUACGGUCUACGAAGUCGGACAAAAUAGAUAGACCGUUCCUGAUACCAGAAGACCGCAAAAAUGUAUCAGAAAAAAACCAUGUCACUAUCCAAGUUGACGAAAUAUGUAUUCAGUCGUCGUCGGGAUUGUGCGUCACGGAACUUGAUUCAGGUACAAAUAAUUCACUUUGGGCAGACUACUGUGAAAACGGAUAUUCUGUUAUUGGCUUAGAAUUCAUAGGGACUAUCUCGGGGCAAAAACAAUCGAACCGUGUUGUGACAUGUUAUCAAACAAGAGUUGCAAAUAGGGUGUCAGUACCGGAACAAUUUGUAUGCGACCUAUCAAGUUUUCGGAAUUACACACCCGGUUUGAUGAGCAAAUCAAUGCUGAUGUGGUCUAUAAUGCAACGAGUCCCAAGCAAAUCGACUGUAUGCAUCAUAACGGAUUCAGGUCAAUCUGAAAAUACAGAAGCAACCCUUCUCCGGAAUAUGUUGAAGACGGUAAAGCACUGUCGUGUUCACGUCACGUCCACAUCCUAUCUUAAUGAUGCAAGAUAUCGUGAGAAUGAUGUGUUUGUUUUAUUUGAAAAAUUCUCACAACACGACAUAGCCUGCGUCUUACGAUCAGGAAUCACUGUCAUAGGUUUUGAAGAUGAGAUGUCUUUCCUGACCUCUCAAGUUUUCCACAUGAGUUCAAGAGGUAUUAAUAUCGAUACAAUCACAAGAGGGAAUUCAUUUGACAAGAAAAACACAUCUUUUCCUAAAGUCAGUCGUUGGUUGAAACGGUAUCUUGAACGACAUGACUUGUCUUAUAACAUUGGAAGAUCACUUAAGAUGCAAACAAUCAAACUUCCUGGCGCAAAAGAUUUUGGAAAGAGGGACAUGAAAGUGCAAGCAGUGGAAGACAAACUGAUCCAUAAAAAUGCAACAUACGUGGUUGUGGGUGGACUUACUGGCCUUGGUUGGGAAAUCGUCAAGUGGCUGGGCUACCAAGGUGCAGGGAUAGUAGUAACACUAUCAAGGAAAGGCCACAAUCCACAAAUGAAAGAACAAAUUCAGAACGCCAUGGACAUACAUAAGUAUGAAAUAAUUCCAAAAAAAUGUGAUGUUAGCAAUUAUGCAGACGUAGAGAAAACAUUUGAUGAAAUGAGAAUACAAUUUCCAUAUCACCCAAUUAAAGGGAUUUUUCAGGGUGCUGGAGUGUUGAGAGAUACUCUUUUUGAAAACAUGACAAUGGACAAAUUCAAGGAAGUGUUGCAACCAAAGGUUUUAGGAACCUGGAAUCUACAUCUCGUAUCGAAGGGUUUACUUUUGGAUUUCUUCGUCAUGCAUUCCUCUACUACAUCUGUGUUUGGAAACGCUGGUCAGACAAAUUACGGAGCAGCUAAUUCCUUCCUGGAUUCAUUGGCCUUUUACAGACGAGCCCAAAAUCUACCUGGACAGAGCAUCAACUGGGGCGCAUUGUCUGUGGGUAUGGCAAAAGACGACGCGACGCGAAAUAACCUAGAAGCACAAGGGUUUUAUGUACUUGAAGCAGACAAAAUCAAAGAAUGUCUUCUUGACUCCUUAAUGCGAAAUCCAUGCCAAAUAAUCUAUGGAAUGUUUGACUGGAGUGUCAUUGGGAAAAACCCCGCAAUGAUGCUUAAUUCUGCAUCUGAUAAAGAUGAGUUAGCUAAAGUAGGGAAGAUAACAGGCCAACGACGUGUUGUCAACACUGUGGUGGACCAUACUAAGCUCAUGGAAGCACCCUUCGAGGAGCAAAGAGAGACACUCAAAGAUAUGUUGUUCAGCGUUAUCUCAAAGGUUUUAUCGAUUGACGAACUAGAACUAGAUAAAGAAUUUAAUCUUCUUAGCUUAGGGAUGGAGUCGCAGAAAGCCGUAGAAUUGAUCCAAGAAGUGAAAGAAGCCACCGGCUGUCGUCUUCCGGUUGCAUAUGUCCUGUCCCCAAAUUACACAAUAGAAAUGCUAAUUGAUUUUGCACAUUCGAACAUCUUAGAUGUUGUAAAUAUGAGCGCGACUGAAACUUCGGAAAUAAAAGAUGACGUGCAUGGAUCACUUUCAUGGAUGGAAAAAUUUUACAUUGACAUGCGCGAAAACAACGCAGAGGAUACAAGUCUAUGGUAUAGUAUUGAUUUUAAACUUGGAAGUGGUCUGUCAAAUAUCAAAAUAUGGCAAUCUGUAUUGAGGUGGAUCACAAUCAGAAAUCCGGAAUUAAGAACAUUAUAUCUACCAACUGGUCAGCAAUUUCGAUUUGGUAUGAAGAAAAUUGUCAUGGAUCCAGAGGAUGCAAAGAUAGACCUACGUUGCGUAGACUCGCAAGUGAUGACAAGAAUGACAGACAAGGAUAUUGUCAAAUAUUGCUCUUUCGAUAUUACAAAAGAUCCACCGCUGCGUCUUCUAUAUUGUAGCACAGGAAAGAAACAUCGCAUAAGGUUUAUCGUAAGUCACGUUAGUUUCGACUUGCAAAGCUUUUUUACAUUAGUCCCACAGUUUCGGCUCUACGUACUUUCAUAUGCUUUUAAGAAAGAUAUCGUUGUGGAACCGCUAAAACCAUUAGAUAUUGCUGUACGCAUGGAAGAGAGUAUAGAUGCAGACAGAGACUAUUUUGAGAAUUUCUGGAAAGGAGAGAUUAAACGGAUAAGAAGUGUGCCGUCUGCAGACGGUUCUCAAAAACCCCUGCCGAUAUCGGAAAAGACAGAGAAAAUAACGUUAAAGCUUCCAUACGAAUUAGUUGAUAAAAUCAAUAGCAACUAUUUUGAUGUUACUGCGCCUGUAUUACUCUUUAGUUUGUACCGGAUGCUUCUACAACAGGUGACCCACGUUUCCGUCGUCCCUAUUGUAAUGGUGGUUGAUAUGCGUCGGCACUUUCCUGAGUUCAUGGAUAGGAUAUGCCUUGGCACCAACUACAUACCUGUCAUAACAGAGUUAAAUAGCUCGAAGGCAACGUUAGGGUUUCUUAACCAAAUCGAGACAGCUUUGAAUGUUGUGACUGAUCGCAAGGCCGGAUCAAUGGAACUAGUGUUAAGUUACGAUUCAAAAAGCAUUAGUUCGUCACAAGCAAACAGAAUGCUCAAUGAUCUCUCCAUCUUGGCUUUUGCUGUUGUGACAAAUUCAGACCUACAGCUAAAUGAGGUUCCAGUGGAAAGUUGUUGGACCGACUCCUCACCCAAAAUAGACGAGUAUAUGUCAACAGUGACAUUUAUGAAAGAAACGAUAAGUGGUUGGGAACAUCCGGCACACUUGAAGCUCAGCGAGGUCAACAACAUACAUCAGAUAGCGUGGGUCAAUCCGGAUGGAAACAGUACAUCUGAAAAAAGUGCAAUCCCUAUGACAUGUGUCAUCGAUGUAGACACCGCAAAAACAUGUGUGCAAAUUUUCAAAAUUUCAAAGGCUUCUGGAUUACAGACGUCGAUCGACAAGUUUUUCGAACAAAAUAAAGUCGAAUCGAGUGACCACACUAAAAGUGACACAUCAAAGACCGAAGGUACAUGUAACAUUACAAGCCAGUCUGAUUCUCCUGGACCGAGCAAGAUCGCCACAGGCACAGACCAAGGCACACUAGGCUUAGACAGAAAGCCAUCUCCGAAAGGGCCCACUUACCCUGAUAUGGGACUAAUUACCCAGAAACUCAAUGACGAACAGAUUCAUAAUCUUCUAAUAAAACCCCAAUGGCAAGAUUUAGAUUCUUUUGAAUUUCUUUCUAGGUAA